AUGUCGCUGGGUCUAUCUGACUGGAGCCUACUCCGAGAUGUCCAGAGACAAGCGGCCCGAUCCCCCCAUUCCCCCCACCCCUCAGAAGAACUUUCCCUGCAUAGCAACGAGGAGUGGGAGCCGACCCAGGAGGAGGAUACGACCGACCAGGCAUGCAGUGACCAGCCACGGUCGUCAAGGGACCAAAUGGAGAAGUCAAAGAAAAAGAAAAAGCCUAGACAGGCAAGAAGCCAGCCAGAGGAGCAGUCGGAGGAGGAAGCCUCUGGUGAAGAUGCAGGACCGAAGAAGCCGCGUGGACCCAGAUACACUGAGGCGGAAAACUGUGCCCUAGUGGAUGGCGUCGACAGGUCCUACGACGUUCUGUAUGGACCAAGGGCACAGUCCACAGCAGCUAAGACCAAGCGAAACAUUUGGGAUGCCAUCGCGAGACAAGUCACUGCAGUAUCUGGAAACCGCCGGAGCACCAGAAACUGCAUGAAGCGGUAUAGUGAUUGCCGCAGACAGACCAAGAAGAAGAUGGGGAUUCAGCGCCGAGAUGAGACAGCUACGGGAGGUGGUCCGGCUCUCAAUCUGAAGUGGCUACCCUGGGAGAACGUUAUUAAAAGGCGCAUGAACCCUGCCAUGGUCGAAGGAGUUCGCGGAGGUGUGGACUCUAUCCGUCCUGCUGGCUUUCCCGAGGAGGAAGAACCGCCCAGAAGACGGAAGACGGCGGGAGACAAGCAGUCCAAAAGGAGGCCUGAUGACAGCCGUGCAGAAGUAUCCAGCCGGACCCUUGAAAAGUCUCCAGAAUUGAGGAUAAGCGAGGCUCCUGGAGCAGCGGCACCUCAGGAUGGAGAAGAGGUGCCACAGACCAGCAGAGGACUUGCAUCGGGGAUUGGUCACUUCUACAGGCCGGAUCUCCUACAGGAUUCGUCAGAGGAUGACGAGGUGGAACAAAAAUACAUCCAUUCGGAAGAAGACUUUGAUGGACAUUCUACAGACUUUGAUAGACACUAUAAAGACUUUUUAAGACUUUUUAUGGACACUUGA